AUGCCCCCCGCGCUCAAGGGCCUCAUCUCUGUGGGCGAGGUUGUGAUGUCCCGGCUCGGCGCGGUCGGCGGCGGGCUCUCGUCUGCGCAGCAAGCCGCGGGCCCGAGCGCUCUCGCCAACUGGACAAACGCGACGGCGCUGGGCGCCGCCGGCUCCGCGGUGACGAGCGGCUGGUCCGCCGUGUCGAGCGCGGGCGCCAGCGCGGCCAGCAGCAUCGGAUCGCUGCUCGCAUGGCGGCCGCGCGGCGCCGACGCAGACGCUUGA